GUAGAUCGAAUCGAUCUCCAACGUGACGAAACAACCGAUCCGUUACACCAAAUUUAAAGGUAGCCAGAUCAGAGAGCGAUAUCAGACAGAACUACAGAAGGAAUCGCUAAAUUAUCUAGUUUGACUUGAAGUUUCCAUACAAAUGUGUCUGUUAUCGAUUCCCGCCCUGAAAUUUUAUUGUGCCAAUAAUUCAUGAUACCUGCGAGCUUAUUUCAGAGCUAAUUAUUUUGUCUAAUACGCCAUUGCAUGAAUAUUUAGAUCUUUAAAGAAUCGAAUUAAUGAUUUCUAAAGCGUAGAUCGACUAUGUAAUCCAGCAUUCUGAAAUGACUGUUUUCAUCAUGUGAGUGGAUUGGCCGGAAAGCAACAAAAGAAAGCACAUAAAAUCAUCUAGAUUUAGACUGGAUGAACAUACAUAUUCAUGACUCCUUAAAAAAAUGAAGAUGGAAACUUAUUUUCUUCUGACCAGAAUGUUUUUGGUCUUCGUGCAGUUUCUUACGGGAGUGCACUCCGAUCUUGGAGGUUUAAACGAGCAUUCGACUUGCAGUGACGGUCUUGGGCUCAACUAUACCCUGCCCAUGUUUGAGGUCUGCCGUGAGCGCCCCGAUGGUAACGGGGAGAUGGUGGCUACAAUCCCCAAGCUAACUCCGCUUCAUCAUGAGCAUGAAGGUGAUCAAGGAACAUACCCGAACUCUGAGGGAGCGGGGACAGCAGGUCUCCGUCGGUGCAGAUUUCCGGAUUGCCUUAGUAACCCGUGUCAAAACGGCUGGUGUGAGGAGACUAUGAUAGGAUUCAAGUGCCACUGCUCGGAAGGGUACACCGGGAAAAAUUGUGAAAAUACUCUACCAACGCAGAAAUCUACAACUGAAGAAGCCGAUGAAUGUUCCAGAAAUCCCUGUGCUAAAGGCGCCCUCUGCAGUCUGGAAGGAGACACGUACAAAUGUGACUGCCCCCUGGGCUGGACAGGACACGACUGUGACAUCGAUCUGGAUGAAUGCACAAGUCAACCAUGUAAACACGAUGGAGUAUGUGUGGACGGUGUAAACGCAUAUACUUGUUUGUGUGAAGUUGGAUGGACUGGAAGGAGUUGUGGACAGAAUGUUAAUGACUGUGCCAAAGAUCCGUGUCGAAAUGGCGCCGAAUGCCACGAUGGUUUAAACAGUUAUACAUGUGAAUGUACUAACGGAUGGGAAGGAUCAACUUGCGAUAUCAAUAUUGAUGACUGUGCCGAAGAACCGUGUCAAAAUGGCGCCGAAUGCCAUGAUGGUUUAAACAGUUACACAUGCGAAUGUACUGAUGGAUUGGAAGGAUUAAACUGCGAUGUCAACAUAGACGAUUGUGAAAGCGACCCCUGUCAACACGACGGUGUGUGUCUGGAUGACUUGAAUAGAUACACCUGCCAGUGCAUAGGAGGAUGGCAAGGAAACAACUGUGAAAACGAUAUUGAUGAAUGUAGUAGCAAUCCGUGCAGCAAUCAGGGUGUCUGCAUCAACGAUAUUAAACGUUACACCUGUCGGUGUACCGAUGGAUGGACUGGUUCAAACUGUGAAACAGACAUCGACGAAUGUUCUAGUCAUCCAUGUAAUAAUGAUGGAGAAUGCCGUAAUGAACUGAAUGGGUACAGCUGCGAAUGUACAGAGGGGUGGUCUGGUACCCACUGCGAAAUAAGGAGUGCGUGUGCGCUUGAACCGUGCAGCAAUGGAGGCACAUGUGUGGAAGAAGCAAACGGUUACACGUGUUCAUGCAGUACAGACUUCACGGGGACCAACUGUGAAACAGCAUUUUCAGACCUAUGUCCGUCGGGGUGGUUCUACCAUGGACAAAAGUGUUAUUCCCUGGAAGAAAGCUCUUCUUAUGGUACGACUCACGAUACUGCAAAAACUACUUGUAGUAGCAUACGUGUCGAUCUACAAGGCGAUGCCGGAGAGAGACAGGCAUCGUUGCUAUUUGUUGAAAGUCAAGAAGAAACUGACGCCAUUUCCAAAAGGUUCCUGCCAUUGGGUGGAUACUUUAGACGACUAUGGCUGAAUUGCAGUAACAUGUCUGGAACGUGGGUCUGUGAAAAGGAUGCUUCGGGGACUACUUCCUCUUACAGGAAUUGGUACCCGGGCCAACCUGAUGCGAAUGUGGGCUAUGCUAUUAUUAGAAACAUAUCAAAUGAUGAUUCGACUUAUCAAUUCAAAUGGUAUGACAGGGUAGAUUGCUACCUCUUCUGCUAUUAUGGUCCGCGGACAGUGUGUCAAAUACAUUUGUGAAUAAUUAUAUCAAAUACAUUUUUUGUGACUAAUUGUAUCAAAUACAUUUGUGAAUAAUUAUAUCAAAUACAUAUUGUGAAAUACAGCUGCAGUGUACGGCGCUUUUCCAAGAAUGGCCCAAAGCGCUUACAGCAAGAAAAAGAAUAUGUUAAAGCAUAACAUGCAUUGGAAGAUAAAAAUGUCCCUAGUCCCUUUUUAGAUUAAGAGACAGAUGGUGAUUUCCUUAGUCAAAUAAGCAGUUACAGUUAAAGUCCUGUCCCCAGCCAGUUUCCGUGUAAUUUUGUAUGUGAGAGGAAGUGGGUCACUGGUGGCUCGUACAUUCCUGCAAGAGUUACAGGGUCGCUCAAUCAUUUUGAUAUUGAGGGUCCCGUAACACAAAACUUAGCAAUGAUCGUACAACAAUUUUCUACGAUUGAUUGCAUUGACUAUUUUUUUUUUCCUUUUAAUUGUUCCUGUCCUUUGCUUUUUUUUUUUUCUCUCCGUUAUGUGUAUGGUUUUUUUUUCUGUCUAUUUCUCCCGUUUGUUGUUGUUGGUAUGUUAGUUUGUUCAACUUUGGGGUCUGAUAGGGGGGCUCAUGGGACGUCUUUUAUUAUUUGCUUUAUAGCUGCAUACAUAAGUUGUUAAAAUGUUAUUUUUGCAUGAGUUCAGAUUAUGUCUCUUUUCUGAUACAAUUUGCCUGCUAUGUUUAUUACACUGUUAUUUACUUUGUGUAUUGCACUGCUGCAAUUAUCAUUUUGUUCUAUAUUUGCUUGAUUAUGUAUGUAAAUUUAUUUGAAUGAAUAAUAAAGAUCACUACAAAACAAAAACUACAAUAUACAAUCAAUCGUAAAUAGUCAAACGUACGAUCAAUCGCUAAUGUUUGUGUUACGGGACCCUGAUUUGAAAACUUAAAAAGUAAUUAGACAACUCGCGUGAACACGAAGAUAACGCGUCGUUUAUAGAAAAAGGGGCUAGAUACUGUUUAUGUGAUCUGGGCCCGAUAACACAAAGGUUAGCAAUUAUUCUACGCUUGAUUUUUACGAUUAAUUGUACAUCUUGUAAACAAUUUUUUAUCGGCAUUACUCCUAUGUGUUUGAGAUCGAAUGCUCGAUCUGUAAUGAAAAUCAUAAGUCAGAAAAAAUUAGAACCAGUGGAAUUCGAAUCUGUCAUCUACUGCUUGCCGGGCAGCGACUUAACCACCAGGCUAUUCUGGUUCACGGUGAACUGGAAUUCAAUACCCUCGAUCCUCUUCUUUCUGACUCAUUAUGCAAAUGCAGUCCGCCGUGGACAAUAGAUAGUGAAUAAAGAAGCUUUUUAAUAGGAGAAAUUAUAAUUUGUAAACACAUUUUUUCGGCAUUACUCCUAUGUGUUUGGGAUCGUAUGCUCGAUUUGUAUAAAUUAUAAUUUGUAAACAUUGUACAUUGUAUUCAAUGCAAUCAAUCAUGAAAAAAAUGUUCUACGAUGAAUGCUAAGCUUUGUGUUACGGGAUGCUGCUGUUGCUGUUUUAAUGUAAGCUUCCUAACGACGUGUUAUACUUUAAAAAGAAAUGUCCAAUUACAAAAAAAAUAUUUAGAAAAUGUCACAACGAUUUG